UCGUAGGGUGAACAUCUCUGCUUCGUUCGUUCGGCGCUAGAAAAAAGUAAUCCGGUGUGUGGUGCGGGUGAGGAUUCUUGUGGACAGUUCGAAACACCCGCCGCCAGUAAGGAUAGGCGUUACGGGACCGACCGUGAAGGACCGUAAUUGGGCCACUCUCGUACGAUCUGCUGAUUACACCUUUGUGAGGUUGUUGUAGAAGGGGUGGCACGCGGAAUCCGUGUUUGGAAGAGUUUUGAGAGUUGCGGCGACGGUGGUGGUGAUGGUUCGCGCCUCGUUCGUUAAUCGGGCGAAAUAAUCAACCAUCUAAAUCUGAUAACGAUUUAUUUUUAAGUUUCAAACUGCGGGCUUUAAGUGUGUACACGUGAGCGCGUAAAGGUUUAAUUUCCUGCUGUCUCUCUGGCGGGUUUAUCUUGGCCCACACAUGUGAAUAUGAAGAUUCGAUCGCUACGGAAAUAAUUGCGUGUCGCUUUACAAUUAUCCCAAGAGCAAUUGUGGCAAAGUGGAUCCUUAUUCAGCACACGAGGAAAAUAUUGGAAAUCUAAUCAAGUGAAUGAUAAGCAGAUAUAAUGUGUACAGACGAUGAUGAGUUUCUAGGUGAAAAACACAAGCAACUGUUUUUAGUGACCGAUGCUGAUGGCAGAGUGAAGCUAAAAUAAAAGGAGAAAAAAAAAUAGGAAAAUAAAAGUUCGACGACUUGAAGAGUUAACAAUCCAAGUUCAGUGUAAAGUGAAAACAAUUUUGUUUAGGAAGAAAAAUAUUUACAAAUCGGUUGUAUAACCGACAAAGUCAUCUAAGAUUUGAGUCCUUGGAGCACUCAGCACAUCCAGGGCGAUGAUGCUGAUGAAUCAAUGCUAGCAGAGUGAAUAAAGAACAAUCUCGCGCAGGAAUCAAUUAAUCAACUUUGUCAUGCGCCGCGGUCUGCUGCAUUAUAUAGAGUUGAAGUGCCAGUAGGAAAAUUGCGAUAACAGAAGAAAAAAUCAACCCAGAAGAAAGGAAAAAAGAGCUGCUGGCGCAUUUCGAAAAAAAGCCUCAAAUUCUUUCGCAAUCAAUUUCUAUCUAUUAUAUUUGAAGUGGUGUUUAUAAAAGAUUUUUAUAUGUGUGUAUCAAUUUGCUCGGAAACAACUCCCGCAAUCUGGAUCGGUGGCUAUCAGUUUAGUAGCAUUAACGAAUGUGACAUUUUAUUAAUAAAAAAUAAAAAGGUACAAUGAGGCCAAAUAAAUACGAUGUUACCACAGCUUACCGUCUAUGCCGAGAUUUUGUGCCUCCUGAUGGUGGUGAUGAUUGCGGGAGCAACACCCGAAUACAUGUAUCUUCAAUCGGCUUGCUCAUCAAAGUUUGUUCGGAUAGCAGCAAAAAAUGGCACUGUCUUUGCAGACGACAACGGACAAAGUGGUCGUCCACAAACUUUCACCACAGAGGCACUCCUACUGCCGAAGAAAAAUUUUACUUUAGGAGUAGCCAUUCGCUGCCAAGAAACCGAUAUGUACUUAUGCUUCGACAAAAACUGGAAAAUCAAAGGCAUGAAAGUCAAAGGCAACAUUGUGAACCGAUCCCGCUGCCACUUUUACGAAACUCUAACCACUCUCGGAUACUUCCGCUUCCAGUCAGUCAUCAGUCAGACAAAAUAUCUCGGUUUUAUCGGCAGCGGUAAACAAAUCAACUACAAAAUGAGGCGCCACAUCGAUGAAAAGUGUUACAAUUUCCAGCGGAUGAAUGCAUCUUUUGAGUUUGGUCACAACAAUCUGACGACGACGACCCAAGCCAGCGGCACAACCCAUGCCCAUCGUCACAAGCAUGGGCAACGUCGCAAAGGAUCGCCAAACAACGCCAACGGUCGACAAUCGCGGCCCGUAACGUGGCCGGCAGCAACGUGGGUGCCACCACCAGCGCCACCACAAAGAACCACUCAGAUGAGCAAUGAGGUACACACUUCUACGUCCACGCCAAAACCAACGAAAAUGGCCAGCACCAAGAAGCAAAUCAAGACGCCCAAACGCCUUGGCCCUGGCAAGGCCAACAAGAAAGGGUUCAACGCUAACGUCAACGCCGCCAACAUUAGACAUCAUCGUUAUCCCGCGUUUUAGAUAAUGCCGCCGCCAUCUUGACCGCCAUAUUGGGGAUGGACAAACCACACAAACACACUUCUCUCUACCGGAACAUCCGAUCGACAUUAGGCAGGGAAUCUCCUCUCCUCGACACACACGUUUCCCUGGAUCAUCCCCGCGAUACACCUCACCCAACCCCACCUCCGUCUCUUAUCUCUCUGUUCAUCUCCCCGGCACGGGCACUGCGCGUCCAAGCCACAAGAGAUGAGGCACUUUUGUAUUAGAUUGUUAUAGCCCCGGGAAAGCUUUAUUAGAAUGUAAUUUGGAACUAAGCAUCAAAGCCCGCUAGACGUUUGUUCGAAGCAUAUAAACACCCACUCACACACAGUAAUAGGGAAAUAAACAAUUGCCAAAACACACACACAAACAUUAUUCAUCAAUGUAUUUGCUAGAACAAAACAAAAAUCAGUGACAAGCAGACAUGCAUCGGCACUAAGAGCUCUUCUUAACGGCACUCAGCUUGUUCUGGUUGGCAUUUAAGUUUAAAGUAAUGUUAUGCUUGUUGUCAGUUAAAAACGUCUUGUUUUCAGCAUGAAUAAUGUGUAGAAAAGAUUGGUUCAUUGGAAAAACCGACUUCAGGUAUAUUUUCAUGUGACUGUUCUCAUAAGCUCUCAAGAAGAACGUCUUAAAAGCUCUUUGAGUGCACUUAACGGUUCUUAUCCUAUAUCUCACUUGGUUUAAAAUAUAGCCUCUCAAGGUCUUCGGGAGCCUUAAAGAUUUGCGUAAUUAGUGUACUCUAAACACUGGCACAACAUGCUGGGAAUCAUCUACGCCGAAUGCCAAACAAGUUCUUCUAAAAGAGUAGUUAGAGCGGAUGCACGUCUGGUGACAAGUAUUACACGUAUGACCCCCCACGAGUUGGAACGUUGAUUAAACGAACAAAAAACACACACACACAGAAUAAAACGAAUAGUUUGAGUGUAUGUGAGAAUGUAAAACUACAACAAAACAAAAACAUUUAAGUGUUGCAUCGCGAGAACAAGCUGCCGCCGCCACCGCAAGUAAAUGCGUAGACAUAGACACAUACUUUGCAUUACAACAACAAAAGUAAUCUAAAUGAAGAUUAGGAAUCGCUGAGAGCUUUUAGAUGCCUUAAUCGGUGUAUAUUUGUACAACUUCAUAAUAAAUAGUCAGAGGAACGCAAACGCGUGCAUCGCAUCAGGUCAUAGGAAUUGUGGAAUUAUUUAUUAGGAUUUUUUAGAUACGUUCAAAGGUUUGCAUGUUCUAUCCACUAUCAAACUAGCGAAAUUAGCAUUCUAUUUCGAACAUUAAUCCUUCCCAGUGAAUUCAGAAAGUGUGAAUGGAUUGCAAAUUACAACCAUCAUCCUUACUUACAUCUUAAAGAAACACUUUGUGAAUAAAACAGCAAUAGUGUGAUUUCGGAUUUUAAUUUCAAAUUAUUCUGUUGUUUGUUCAAAAUAUAUACCUUGUUUUAAACAAUUUGAAGCAUCUUUAGUAUACUUCUGACAUGCGUAAGUUGCUACACCCAAAGUACAGAGUCGAGGGACUAGUUCUCUCAAAUCUUAUUGAGAGAAUAAUGCACACCAACACAACAUAUGUGUUCAUUCGUUAAUUAAAACAACAAACCUCCAACAAGUGACCACUCUUUAGUCACAAAGCUGUGAUGGCCGAGCCGGUUGAGUCAUUGAGAUAUUAUGUUGGGGAUCCCAGGUUCGAUUCCCGUAGUCGACCAAUUUUGUAAAUGAACUCGAUGGCAUGGUUCUCUCGACCAUCUCGAGCUUUAUUCUCUGUUUCCGUAAAUGCAACAUUAUUCUCUCAGCUUGGGACUAUGAUUCUCUCGGAAAAUUUUCUGCCCUGUAUUUUUUGUGUGUUCAAUUUGAAAUGUUGCUUUCACAUAAACAGUUGAUAUACCUAAAUAUCACUUUAGUUGGAUUUUUUCAAAUCUCUCCGAAUGAGGUUCAUUUCUUCAAAUGACAAUUUAAUCUUUAAAGAGUAAUAUGAAUGAAACCCAUUUAAAAAUGUGUUAAAAAACGACGCUAGAUAAAAAAAGUACCAAAUUCCUAUAUUCUAGAAAUUUUGCCUCCUUUCCUUAUUUAGUAAUUCGGAAAAAAAAACCCCAAAUAAGGAAAAGAGGAACAUUUCCUAAAAUAAAGGAAUUUUGUACUUUAUUUCAGUGAACAUCUCCAUUACUAUUUCAUGUUCCGAGUACAGAUUUUUCUUAAACAGGUGUCCCCAAAUUCGAAAAAAAUUAUAUUGGAAAUGUUGCAAUUUUUAUGCAGAGUAUAAUUUCAGAAAAAGUUUGACAAUUUUGAAAUUUCAACUUGUAAGCUUAUGAACAAUUCUUGAUUAAAAUCAUUGCAUUAAUUUUCUAAAAAAAAUAUAUUUAAUUUGUGACCUCAAAAGCUGAAGCAAUUAAACAAGCACAAAAAAGUUGACUUAACAGUUUGCUGUGUAUUUAACAAAAAAAAACUAGAAACCACGUUUGGAAAACGAUAUUUACAAUACCGGAAUAACGGAUCAUUAUCCACAGGACAAUAGCAUUGAAACUAACUCUUAACUAACCGACGUAAGCCCACUGCAUAGAACAAAAAAACAGCAUUUAACACCACACAAUUUACACAACAAAAAAACAAACGCAGGCAUAAAUCUCAAAUAAAUACGAAUCUCACUAAAGCUCCUGGGAGCGUAUUAGUUAUUGCCGCACGUGAAAAAAAAAUUAAAGAAUAAUAGCAAACCCCCCACAGAAAUUCAAAAAAUAAGCUACGUUUCAAAUAAACACAAAAUCACCCCUGUAGAAGAAGGAAACAAAAAAUACAUGAAUGUUUUGCAAAACCAGUUUAAAGAAAAUCCCAUAUAAAAGUCGACAAAAAUCAAGUAUUACACACUAAUUUUAACAAACACACAAAAAGCCAAAAUAGCAAGAAACAAACACAAUAGCACGAUCUUUCUCGAGCACAAAGUUUGGAAGAUAACGAUGAUAGUAUGUUGUUUAUGUUAAACAUUACUGCCAAAACGAAGGGAAGACGAUUCAAAGAACAAAAACAAAUGGUUUAAUACUCUUGCGCGCUCCGUUUCUUCUAUUGAUUUAGACGCAAACUUUGAACAGCCUCGUUGGUAGUCCAAAAUUAUUGCCCUAAUUGUAUCGAGCAGAAAAUCAAUCUGGCGAAUUUAAAUGAAAAAAAACUCUAAUUCUUAUCUUCAACAUUCCACUAGACAUUAAGAAAUAAGUCAUUUGGUUAAGAUUUGUUCAGUUAACGCGAACCUGUAACUGUGCUGUAUCAUUGUAUAAAGUUGUAAUUGUCGAUUCGUGAGCCGGUGUAAUUCGUUUUUCUUUUCAUUUGUACAAAGCAACACAUCUUUUCAUCAUUUAUAUCCUACUAUAUAGUAAGUUAAGUAUUGUAUGUAUUAACUAGCGCAGAGAGUCCAUAGCAGGUCAGAUCAGAGGAAUAGCCACUCCAGCUUUUCAGUAUAGCAGCAACAAAUUGCAAAAACCACUACUUUAUUGACUAUCGCCUCGGAUGUUUCUUCAGUUAUUUCGAACGGCUGCCAUAACUCGCCAUGCAUGCGCGCGCGCGAAAAUACAUUUUUUGUAUUAAAUUUGAAUUUUAACAGCAGCGUUGAAUGCGAGCAAACAGUAGCAACAAGGAAACACAUGAGGAAACGAGGUGUAGGAAUUUGCAUUGUUAUAAAUGUACAUUAUGAUUCAGUUUCCAGUUGAUAGUAUGAAAUUACGUUUCAAAUGAAUUAUUAUUUUUCUUUGGUUUUCAAUCGAUUUAAGUGAGUAGAACUGCGAGAGGACAAGAUGUAGUAUUCGAACGAAAUGACAAAACAUUAUAUUUUUUUAGUAUGGAAACAGGAAAAAUAAAUAAAAUGAAAAUGAUUUAAAGUUUUAUUUUAACUUAUGAGUACACAUGAAAAUAACAAGAUUAUUUAACAAUAAAUUAUAAUACUUAUGAAUGACAAUAA